AGUCUGUCAGACGGGGACAUCACCCAACAGCAGUUCAGGCUGUGGUUCGCAGGAAGCACAUACUGGCUUUUUGAUUCUUGCUAGUUCCCAGCUCAUAAUUUGGGAGGAUCUAACGCCAGCCCCCACCUGAAGGGGGACACAAGGACAGUGAGGAGCUGGGUGGUCCCAGCCCUGGAGCUCUGCCAGCCAGACAUGGAAAUGGAGGCAAAUGACCAUUUUAACUUUACUGGCCUUCCCCCUGCACCUGCUGCCUCAGGACUGAAACCCUCUCCUUCAGGGGAGGGCCUCUACACUAACGGGUCUCCCAUGAACUUCCCCCAGCAAGGGAAAAGUUUGAAUGGGGAUGUGAAUGUUAAUGGCUUAUCUACUGUAUCUCACACUACUACUUCAGGGAUUUUGAACUCUGCUCCCCACUCCUCCAGCACCUCACACCUCCAUCACCCCAACGUGGCCUACGACUGUCUCUGGAACUAUUCACAGUACCCAUCUGCCAAUCCGGGCAGCAACCUCAAGGACCCACCCCUCCUGUCCCAAUUCUCUGGGGGACAGUACCCACUCAACGGCAUCCUUGGAGGCAGCCGGCAAACUUCAUCCCCAAGUCACAACACUAACCUUCGGGCUGGGAGCCAAGAGUUUUGGGCCAACGGUACCCAGAGUCCCAUGGGGCUUAACUUUGACUCACAGGAACUGUAUGAUUCCUUUCCUGAUCAGAAUUUUGAAGUGAUGCCCAAUGGACCCCCUAGUUUUUUCACCUCCCCACAGUCUUCUCCUAUGUUGGGAUCCAGCAUCCAGACUUUUGCACCCUCCCAGGAAGUAGGCAGUGGUAUCCAUCCUAAUGAGACAGGAGAAAAGGAGCUGACUUCAGUGGUGGCAGAGAAUGGCACUGGCUUGGUAGGCAGCCUGGAGCUGGAAGAAGAGCAAUCAGAACUGAAGAUGUGUGGCUAUAAUGGCUCCAUCCCCUCUGUGGAAUCAUUGCACCAAGAGGUCUCAGUCCUGGUCCCUGACCCUUCAGUGAGCUGCUUGGAUGUUCCUUCACACCUUCCUGAUCAACUGGAAGAUACUCCAAUCCUCAGUGAAGAUUCUCUGGAGCCCUUCAACUCUCUGACAUCAGAGCCAGUGAGUGGAGGACUAUAUGGCAUAGAUGACACAGAGCUGAUGGGUGGAGAGGACAAACUGCCUCUGGGAGACAGCCCUGUGAUCUCUGCCCUUGAUUGCCCUUCACUCAAUAACACCACUGCCUUCAGUCUCCUGGCAGAUGAUAGUCAAACUUCAGCCUCUAUCUUUGCCAGCCCGACUUCUCCACCUGUCUUAGGGGAGUCUGUCCUGCAAGAUAACAGUUUUGAUCUGAAUAAUGGUAGUGAUACAGAACAGGAAGAAAUGGAGACUCAGGCUUCUGACUUCUCACCACCCUUGACCCAGCCAGCCCCUGACCAGCCAUCCACUAUUCACCUACAUCCAGCAACUUCACCAGCAGUAUCACCAACAGAGUCCCCAGAAAUCUCCCCGGCAGUUUCUCCAGCAGCUUCCCCGGAAAUCUCUCCAGAAGUCUCCCCAGCAGCCACCACAGAAACCUCCCCAGUCAUCUCCCCAGCAGCCUUCCCGACAGUCUCUCCAACUUCCUCAGCAGCCCUGCCAGCAGUCUUCUCAGAAGUCUCCCUGACAGCCUCCCCAUUGACCUCCCCAAGAGUUGCCUCUGCAGUUUCCCCAGCAGCUGCCUUCCCAACAGCCUCCCCAACAAAUAAGGAUGUCAGCAGCUUCCCUGAAACCACUACUGACCUGGAAAAUAUCACUGGAGAAGGAAUCACUGCUGGUAGUGGUGAUGUCCUGAGGAGACGUAUUGCUACCCCAGAAGAAGUUCGUCUUCCCCUCCAGCAUGGGUGGCGGAGAGAGGUACGCAUCAAGAAGGGCAGCCACCGAUGGCAGGGGGAGACUUGGUAUUAUGGCCCCUGUGGGAAGAGGAUGAAACAGUUUCCGGAAGUGAUCAAGUAUCUGAGCCGCAACGUAGUACACACCGUCCGCCGUGAACACUUCAGCUUCAGUCCCCGCAUGCCUGUUGGAGAUUUCUUUGAAGAGAGAGAGACACCAGAGGGCAUGCAAUGGGUACAGCUCUCAGCAGAGGAAAUCCCAUCCAGGAUUCAGGCAAUUACUGGCAAACGGGGCCGGCCUCGUAACACUGAGAAAGCCAAGACCAAGGAGGUCCCCAAAGUGAAACGGGGCCGAGGUCGGCCACCCAAGGUCAAAAUCACUGAGCUAUUGAGUAAGACAGACAACCGCCUCCUAAAGAAACUAGAGGCCCAAGAAACACUGAAUGAGGAGGAUAAAGGAAAGAUGAGUAAAAUUAAGAAGAUGAAGCGGAAGGUACAACGGGGAGAAAGUCAGACUACUAUCCAAGGGCAGGCUAGAAAGAAGCGGAAACAAGAGACCAAAAAUGUAAAGCAGAAGGAAGCUAAGAAGAAAUCUAAGGCUGAGAAGGAGAAGGUAAAAACAAAGCCGGAAAAACUGAAGGAAAAAGUCAAAAGAGAAAAGAAGGAGAAGGUCAAAUUGAAGGAAAAGGAGGAGAUAGCCAAAGCCAAGCCAGCUUGUAAAGCAGAUAAGACCCUGGCCACACAGAGGCGCUUGGAGGAACGGCAGAGGCAGCAGAUAAUCUUGGAAGAAAUGAAGAAGCCCACAGAGGAUAUGUGCUUAGCUGACCACCAGCCACUGCCUGACUUCUCACCCAUCCCUGGUCUGAUACUGCCCAGUGGGGCCUUCUCAGACUGCUUGACCAUUGUGGAGUUCCUGCAUAGUUUUGGCAAGGUGCUGGGCUUUGAUCCUGCCAAAGAUGUGCCUAGCCUGGGGGUCCUACAGGAAGGACUCCUGUGUCGAGGUGACAGCUUGGGUGAGGUGCAGGAUCUGCUGGUGCGGCUCCUGAGGGCUGCACUCUGUGAUCCUGGCUUGCCCUCCUACUGUCAGUCCCUAAAGAUCUUGGGGGAGAAGGUAUCCGAGAUCCCACUGACGAGAGACAAUGUGUCUGAGAUCCUGCGUUGCUUCCUCAUGGCAUACGGAGUGGAGCCAGCCCUCUGUGAUAGCCUGCGCACCCAGCCUUUUCAGGCCCAGCCACCCCAGCAGAAGGCUGCCGUCCUGGCCUUCCUUGUGCAUGAACUCAACGGCUCUACCCUCAUCAUCAAUGAGAUUGACAAGACCUUGGAGAAUAUGUCCAGCUACAGGAAAAAUAAAUGGAUUGUUGAAGGCCGGCUCCGGAGACUGAAAACUGCUCUGGCCAAGCGAACUGGACGACCUGAAGUAGAGGUGCAAGGGUCAGAAGAAGGCCUGGGGCGGAGGCGCAGUUCUCGGAUCAUGGAAGAGACCAGUGGAAUGGAGGAAGAGGAAGAGGAAGAGACUAUAGCAGCUGGCCAUGGCCGUAGGGGUCGAAGAGAUGGAGAGAUUGAUGUCCCAGCAUCCAGCAUCUCAGACCUAGAGCACCAGAUAGAAAAACUCAGCAAGCGUCAGCUUUUCUUUCGCAAAAAGCUGCUUCACUCAUCCCAAAUGCUUCGGGCUGUCUCCUUGGGUCAAGACCGCUAUAGACGCCGCUACUGGGUGCUGCCAUAUUUGGCUGGUAUCUUUGUGGAAGGAACAGAGGGGAGUUUAGUUCCUAAGGAUGUGAUAAAGCAGGAAACUAACUCCUUGAAGGUGGCAGCCCAUCCCGCACCUAACCCAGCCCUCUUUGUAAAGAAGGAGUUAGCUGACUCUAGUACCUCUGCUGGUUCUCCUGCCCGGGCUCGAGGCCGACCUCGAAAAAUUAAGCCUGGGUCUGUGCGACCUAGGCACCUUAAGUCCCCUGUCAUGAGUCAGGAUUCAGAACAGCCUCAGGCUCAGGCUCAGGCUCAGGCCCAGGCCCAGCCUCAGCCCCAGGCCCAGGCUCAGCCCCAGCCUCAGCCUCAGCCUCAGCUUCAGCCCCAGCCCCAGACCCAGCCCCAUAAUGGGUUCCUAGAUCCAGAAGGUUCCCCUUUGUCUCUGGGUCAGAGCCAGCAUGACCUCAGCCAGUCAGCCUUCCUUUCUUGGCUGAGCCAGACUCAGAGCCAUGGCUCUCUAUUGAGCAGCUCAGUCCUCACACCUGAUAGCAGCCCAGGAAAACUGGACCCAGCCCCAUCACAGCCCCUGGAGGAGCUGGAGCCUGAUGAAUCAGAAUCCAGCCCUGAUCCUCAGGCUCCCUGGCUUAACUUCUCAGCCCAGAUGCCCUGCAAUGCUGCCCCUACUCCACCCCCUGCAGUUUCUGAGGACCAGUCUGCUACUCCCCCUCAGGUUCCUGCCUCCUUCAAGCCAGUGAUUAGACCCAGUGCUGCCAAUUCCUGUUCUCCAUUGCAACUCAUUUCUACCCCUUUACCUGUGGUAACACCUAAGAGGCGAGCAGGGGAUCCUGGAGAAACGCCACAGAGUCCCACCGGGCUGGGACAGCCAAAACGGAGAGGCAGACCACCGAGUAAGUUCUUCAGACAGAUGGAGCAGCGUUACCUAACCCAGCUGACAGCCCAGCCUGUGCCCCCUGAGAUGCAGUCUGGCUGGUGGUGGAUCCGAGAUCCUCAGACAUUGGAUGCCACACUCAAGGCCCUGCACCCCAGAGGCAUCCGGGAGAAAGCACUUCACAAACACCUUAGCAAGCACAGGGACUUCUUGCAGGAAGUCUGUCUGCGGCCCCCAACUGACCCCAUCUUUGAGCCCAGACAGCUACCUGCCUUUCAAGAAGGGCUUAUGAAAUGGUCCCCCAAAGAGAAGACCUAUGAGACAGACUUGGCUGUUCUUCAGUGGGUCGAGGAGCUGGAGCAGCGAGUUAUCCUUUCUGAUCUGCAGAUUCGGGGCUGGACAUGUCCCAGUCCAGAUUCUACCCGUGAAGACUUGGCCUACUGUGAGCAUCUACCCAACUCCCAGGAGGAUAUCACCUGGCGAGGUCGGGGCAGGGAAGGAUUGGCACCCCAGCGUAAAACUACCAACCCUCUGGACCUGGCUGUGAUGCGGCUGGCUGCACUAGAGCAGAAUGUAGAGCGACGGUACCUGCGGGAACCCCUCUGGCCAGCCCAUGAAGUUGUGCUAGAGAAGGCCCUGCUCAGUACACCCAAUGGUGCCCCCCAGUGCACCACUACAGAGAUAUCAUAUGAGAUCACCCCUCGCAUUCGGGCCUGGCGCCAGACUCUUGAGCGAUGCUGGAGUGCAGCCCAGGUGUGCUUGUGCCUGGAUCAGCUGGAGAGGUCUAUUGCCUGGGAGAAGUCUGUCAACAAAGUGACCUGUCUAGUCUGCCGGAAGGGUGACAACGAUGAGUUUCUUCUGCUUUGUGAUGGUUGUGACCGUGGCUGCCACAUUUACUGCCAUCGACCCAAGAUGGAAGCUGUCCCAGAAGGAGACUGGUUCUGUGCUGUCUGUUUGGCACAGCAGGUAGAAGGAGAACUCACUCAGCAGCCUGGUUUCCCAAAGCGAGGCCAGAAACGGAAAAGUGGUUAUGUACUGAACUUCCCAGAGGGUGACAGCCGUCGACGCCGAGUAUUGUCAAGGGGCCGAGAAAGCCUGGCAGUGCCUCGGUAUUUGGAAGGACUGUCCCCAUCCAAACGGCGGCGACUCUCUAUGAGAAGCCACCACAGUGAUCUCACAUUUUGCGAGAUUAUCCUAAUGGAGAUGGAGUCCCAUGAUGCAGCAUGGCCUUUCCUGGAACCUGUGAACCCACGGUUGGUGAGUGGAUACCGGCGCAUCAUCAAAAACCCCAUGGAUUUUUCCACCAUGCGGGAACGGCUGCUUCGGGGAGGGUAUACGAGCUCUGAGGAAUUUGCAGCCGAUGCCCUUCUGGUCUUUGACAACUGCCAGACCUUCAAUGAAGACGACUCUGAAGUGGGCAAGGCUGGGCACAUCAUGCGUCGCUUCUUUGAGAGCCGCUGGGAGGAGUUUCAUCAGGGAAAACAGGCUAAUCUGUGAGGCGGGGGUGGGCUCAUGCUGUGGCAUCCCCCUCCCUCCAGAAAAAAGAUAGAAAACCUGCCAUUCUCACCUGCUGAUGCUGCCUGGGGUCGAGAUUCAAGAGUCAGAUAUGCUAUGAUUUUUGACCUGAUCCUUGGCAGCACCCCAUAUCCUCCUGUCCCCAUGCCUUUCUCCCUUUCCUCCUCUUGCUCCUCAGAUAAGAGGGGCAGAGAUGAGGUCCUUCUGGACUGAAAGCCAAAAAAAGAAAGAAAAAAAUACUUUUUCCUUUCUGUUUUAUUUCCUUAUUGAAAAUUGGGAGGGAAAAGCCAUCCCCCGCUUCCUCCUCCCAGCUUCCUCUCUCCUGCCCUGUAUGUGCCCCAGCAUUCUGGGGCUAUUUAACAAUAGCAAUAGUUCUAGUGAAUGUGUGAAACCGAGAAACACUCUGUACUGUGUGCGGACCCGUAGUGACGGCCAGUAAAGUGGACUUAACUCCCAAGUGUGUCGAGCCGGACACCGGGCCCUGGACAUGCUGCUUCCAUGUUCAGUCCCUCUCCUGCGUCUCGCUUUCUCUCAGUAGACCUCUCCCCCAUUAUUCAGAUUUUUCUUCAUCUAAUGUAAAAUUAUCGUGUACGGGUUCCUCCCUUUCUCUUCCUCCACAUCUUUUUUUCCCUUCAAAGGAAAAAAAUCUUCAGUGGUCCCUGUCUUUCUGUCUCCAUCUUCCUGCCAAUAGCUAUCCCCUCUAUUGAUGUCGGACGCUCCUCACGUGCUGAGUUUCCAGCCUUUUCUGAAACUCAGUAGCUGGGGAGCGGGUAGGGAGGCAUCCUAAGCCUUCCAGCCUCCUUCCCCUCUUCUUACCCAAACCUCCCUCUUGGGAACUCCUCAGGGACAACUACUGCUGAGUUUGGGUGCACCCCAAGAUGGAGGCCAGGUAGCAAUGACCAGUCUCGGAGAGAAGAGAGGUGUGUGUGUGUGUGUGUGUGUGUGUGUGUGUGAGAGAGAGAGAGAGAGAGAGAGAGAGAGAGAGAGACAGAACGAUGUGAUAGUGCCCCUGUAUUGUUUAGUGAGAUCCAUUCAGUUUUCCCAAGUAUCUCUUUUUAUUCCCAACUUUCCCAUUGUUUCCAACCAUCACUUUUUUGUCUUUGGGAAACCACAAGGAACAGUUUAUCUGGGGACAAGGCCAUGUCUCUCCUCUCUCCUGGUGGUUUCUGUUCUAGCCUCUUCAAACUGUGCAAUCUUUCAGCAGGAACUUUCUCUCUCCUCAGUAGCUUUGAGUUUUAAGCUUUUUCAGGGAGAGGGGUAGAACUGGAUCUUUUCCUAAUCCCAUGAGCUUCUGUGGAUUUAGUUGUGCUUGCUUUCCCUACUUCAUACCCCCAGGACUCCUUCCCCAGCAGCAGACACUCCGGAGCACAGGAGACUAGGGAGGGAGGGGUUCUGGGUCCACCACUGCCCUACAUGUGAUUAUGCCGGGCCCCCCCAUCAUGUGAGAGGAAAGCUGCUAACUCCCUGCUACAGCCAUGGGCUCCUGGUCCCCUGUUUUCCUGCUCAGCAGAGCCCCUCCCAUCAGAGAUUACGGGUACUUGCACUGGGGAGGUGGUUGCUGGCUGGCUGGCCCAAGCAGAGAGCUGAGGCAUCCAAGUAACGUUCCCUUGGUGAAGCGGGGGUGCCGGGUGAGGCAGAGCAUUCCUUGUACUUCUGGCAGCACUGAGUAGCCACUGAACAGGGUGGGGGCGGUAUGGGUUCUGGGGCAGCCUCUUACUCUUUUGCGUUCCUUCUCCCCCAUAGCCUAUUUCUAAAGUCGCCUUUUCUGUCAGAUAAACCUCAAAACUUUUAAUUUUAUUUGAUUUUUUUUUUUGCUUUGAAAUAAGAGGUGGAUUGAAGAAUAUUUGACUUUAUAUUAUGCAUAAAUAUUUAUAUUUUAUCUAAAUAACUGCGCUGUAACAAACUUUGUGUUAAAUAUUUGGAACUGUUAGAGAUGGGGGCUACUCCUUUUCCUCGUGGCAGUUUUCCCCUGGUAUAAAAUGUACUAAUUUUAUUAUUGGAGGUGAGGCAGAUUGGGGGAGUGAAAUCUCAUUUGUUCCUGCUUUGUAUUCCUCUCCCAGCUCCAUCUCUUUCUCUAGGGACCAGGCGCUCUUAACAUGGGGUGGGAGUCCUAGCCUCAGCUUGAAGAGGUAUGGGUUGAAGGGGGGUGUGGGAUAGGAGUAGGGCUUGAUCAAAGGGGCCAUUUCUCACUUUUCUUUCCUCAUCUUCACUGCCCCUUGAGCUAGGUGGAUUUUCUCUUCUUGAAAAUCGAGUAUUUGGUAGGGAAGGCAGGUUUAAAAAAACAAAAACAAAAACCCACCCCCUCCCCCUAUCAGUCUGGUAACAGGAAGAAACUACGUACCAUCACCACCACCAAGUUCCCAUGUUCCUUUUACAACAAAAGGGACUGACUUUUUAUAUAACCAAAUGUGGUGUUUUAGUGACUUUUUGAUAAUGUACAGUUUUUUGUGAAUUUAAAUUUAUUUCUUUCUAUAUUUUUAGGACCAAUCUCAUUUUUAAUAAGGUUAAAAAAAAGAAAAAAAAGUCUAGAGAAAACUCCUGUUUUUGCCAUGUGAUGUUCCACAAGUGCAGCUGUAGAAAAGUGCUUGUCAGUUGAAUAAAAACCACAUUUGAUAGAGAUUCAAAAGACUCUGUGUAUUUAUCUUCCCUUCAACACAGCCUCUCACACAUUCCUAAGGGGGAGAUGGAUGUUAGAAUGUUUAUGAUCAUCUAGUAUAAGAGCUGGUGGGUAGGGGAGCGUUUCUUUUUCUCCUGCUUUCCUUGGCGUGUGUGUGGCACAGGUUCGCGGUGCUCCCGCCUGCUCUGGCUGCAGUGCCGCACCAGAGUGGUAUAUGGUGUGCCUACUUCCCACCUCCUUGAAAGCCGUGGGCUUGGCUUCCUAAUCUCCCACUGGUGGUGCUACAGUAGCAGACAUGGGCCCACCACCACCAUCCCACCUCUCUCUUACGCAUGGAUAAGACACCA